UCGCAUUUUCGUUUGCAAUGCCAGCGCUUUGAACUAAGGAGUAUUUUUUCACAAAAAUUGUAUAAUCAUGGAGAAGCGCUCCGCCGAGGAGGAUGGUUUCGUUACCAUCGAAAAAGAAGACCCAUUCCAGCAGCAACCAGAACUAGAGAGACUCUACAAAAUGCACUGGCUAAGCGAUUAUACCGAAGACAUAUUCGAGACCAUGAAGGAGCAGGAGCUGCGCCGCCGUCCCCUGUACUUCCUCUCGACCCAACUGGACCAGCGCCCCAAAAUUGUCUACAUUCUCCAAACGGCGACGCGCGCCCACAAGCUCAGUCGCUGCGCCCUCCACUUGGCGUUGUACUACAUGGAUCGCUUACUGGACUACUACCGAAUCCGCCCGGACAAGCUGGACCUGACUGCGCUCACCUGCCUGCACAUCGCCGCCCAAAUCGAGAGCGCCGACGCCUGCAUUCCGCGGUACAGCGAAAUGAACGAGAUGGUUAAGAACGCCUAUACCGCCUUCGAGUACAAGGCCGUGGAGCGCAAGAUCCUCGGCUUCAUGGACUUUGAGCUGGUGCGUCCCACCACCGCCAGUUUCGUGGAGCUUUUCGCCUGCAGGUUCCUCACCCGCGAUGACUUUGCGGCCUACGACGAAAUGAUGGCCAACUACGAGAGGGACUUGUCCAUCGAAUCGCCGUACCCGCGAUACCAGAGCUUUGAGCAAAUGCUGAGCUCCUUAGCCCAGUUGCUUCUCCGACUAUCUGACUACACUCUGAGCAUUACCACAUUUGGGAAUGAACUUCCUUCGCUGCUGGCUGCCGCUUGCAUUGCGACGGUGCGACAGGUGAUCGGCCUGGAACGCUGGACGCCCUACCUCAAGAAGCUGACUACCUACAGCGAGGCCCAGGUCCAGCCCUACUCCGACAUACUCAGUCUGCACCACUACUACGACGCCAAUAGGGUGGCUCAUGUCGGAACUCCGAAACUACCAGAGGAGCUACCGGCUGGCCAAAAUAACAAGAACUGGCCUAGUCCCGACUCUGGAUUCGAGGAGUCGAUGGUGCCGCACUCUGAAGUACCAGCAGGGGAAGCAAAGAACCCCAAGAUUAUUACCGUUGAGCUGCAGGAUACAGCCAAGAAAAUGGACUCUUCUGAUGCAUCACAGAAACCCCAGAAGCGUCGUCACAACCUGAUCGUCGAGGUCGUCGGCCAGGCUCGUCCAAACAAGAAACCGAAGUUGGAAGCCAAACCCAAACAAAUAUUAGACUUGUAGAACUAGAAUUAAGAAGUAAGAAGAGGAACAUUGCUAUUUGGAGGAACCAAAUAGCCAAUGCGUCCAGCCUAGUUAGGAUGCUCUCGAUGUGCGCCGGUUCGACUGCGUUGAACCUUCCGCCGAGUUCGAGUGAAGAGUCUGUAUAAGUUUAUAUACUGUGUAUUUAAUAUAUAAUUGGAAUUAUCCUAUCAACUUAUCGAUACCAUAUGUCAAAACUCAACAACAAAGGAGCACUAUUAACUAAAAGCAUUAAGGACAAGUUUUUAGUGUUCUACAAAAAAAUAAAUGGCCUGUUUCCAGUUCGUCAGA